CUACUCCUCCUUUGAUUCCUCUCUCCUACUCUCUCUCUCUCUCUUACUGAGCUGCCCAUAUUAGCCAUUUGAUUUGAUAUGCACCUCGUAACUUGACAGCUUUCUCUCUGCACUCUCCUCUCUGUAAACCAUUAGAUGACUACUGUACUGAUGGUGUAGGAAGCUAUUACUAAGCGAAAGAAGAAGAAAAAGAAGACAUGGGUUGUGCUGCUUCUGCAUAUGUUGUUCCAUGGAAGAGUAAGAAGAAGCCAUGUAUCCCUGAAGUUGUGAUAUUCGUCCCUUCAUUGAGAAUUCCAGUACAAUCUGAUCUUCGAAGACCGCUUAAAGGGUUGGUCCCGAAAGAUCUAGCUGACAGGUUACAUUCUCUUCGGAACCAGAUUGUGUUAGUGGCCGAUGAUACAGAUGGAUCUGCUAUAACUGAGCUGCGGCGAGCACUGGAAGAGUACUUGUCUGUUCUGAGUGGACUUACUAACAAAGAGUUUGGUUUCGAAGGAUUGAUAGAAUUCAAGUGGAGAACUUUACAAGAUGAACGGCAGGAAUUGAGUGUAGCAAACUCCUGGUUUGAACUACUAUCUACGAUUCAUUUGAUGGCUUUGCUGACCUUGGCUGAGGCUGGCUCCUUGAUGAUUCCCAAGGAUUAUGGUUCUGGAAUAAGAGUUGUAUCUUCAGAUUGCAAGAGGGAAGCUGUUGAUUUGUUGCUGAAGGCUUCAGGGUACUUGGAGUUCUGUGUCAGGGAUAUACUGGUUCGCAUACCACAAGAUAUUAAGAACAGGUUGCCCAUGGAUAUGCAAGGUGGUAUUUUGGAGGCCAUUUCUAUUCAAGCUUUAGGCCAGGGGACAGAAAUCCAGCUUGGAUUGGCAGUAGAAUGCCAAAAGGCCACUUUAUCAGUUAAAAGAAGGUUGGCAUGUGAGCAGCUUAGCUAUUUUGGCCAGGCUUUUCACUCCUUGUCUGGAGGAUAUGGCAACGAUCAAGAGAAUGGAAAGAAACAUCUUUGGUUUAUCAAAUACAAAUUUCUUGAAGCAAAGGCUGCAGCAUACUACUACCAUGGCCUGAUCCUUGACAAGGGAACUGAGCCGUCCUGCCACAUCAGCGCGGUGUGCUGUUUUCUCGCAGCAGAAGAGCUUUUAGCAGAGAGCAAGAAGGCCUGCUUGACCUUUUGCCUUGCAAAUCCAGUGACUAGGGCUCCACCACUCUGGGGUGCUAUGAAGCAUUUGCAUCAAAAAAUCCCAGAAGUUGCAUCAAGGAAAUCACAGAUGUAUGGCUACCUCUUAGAACAAGAAAAGGUUCUUCAACAAUUGCCAGAUUUACCAGAAUUCCAACUUUCAUUAACACCUGAAGACUAUCAAUUGCCUGAAAUUGAUUCAGCUUGGGACAGUGAGACAUGGGAGACACAGGAGCAUACCCUGAAAGAGCAUCUCAAGGAUCUUGAAGAGGACAAUGAAAUCUAAUGAUAAAGCUAAUAAGCUGCUACUCUCAGUGGACAACAUUCUUCUUAUACAAAAAAGUAACUAAUCAAUAUGUAUCUACAAGAAGAAAAAAGUUACAACAAGCUUAAUCAUUAUCUCUGUGUUUAGCAGAUCUUAAAUUUCUUCCGGUCUAUAUGUGACACUAAAAUUGGGUUUGCUAUCAAAGAGAGGUUAAAAAUGAGAUUAAGUUUCAUGUUUUGCCAA